AUGAUAAAUUGCCAAAAAUCUGGAUUUUAUUUUUGGGUCGGGAAUCCUGAUUCCAAUUUCUACAGCAACUUUAAUUUCUUUAUAGGUUUUAAAGGAAUAAGACAAAUUCGUCGCCAAUCAUCCACCAAUUUUAACAAAGGACUGAAACAAUGGAUUAACGGAGCUAAUUUUGUUGAUAAAUACAAUCAUUUUGUAACAAUUAUUUGUGUUGGAAUUGAUAAAAAUAUUGGAGAAGAUUUUUGUAAUUUUGUAAAAAACAGAAUUAGAGUUGAAUUAGUUUUGUCAUUGGAAGCAUAUCCAAAAUUAGAAUAUUCACAUAUUUCACCAAAUAAAUCAAAAAAAGGAAAAUGUGAAAAAAGAUUAAUUGCCGGGGAAAAAUUCAAAGAUUUUGGGUAA